AAAGUGUACGAGUUAAUGUUCAGUAAAUUCUGUAACUGCAUGGAGCUUUGAAGUACAGAUUAGUUAUGUGCCAGAGAGAAACAGAGAUAGAACAAGAAGUGCAUGUGGAACAACACACAAGAGACAUGCAGCAGCUCACACUUAAACAAUGCAUUUCCCCCAUUUAGACACCUUACAAUACAAUGCAGCAGCCCUGUCCACCCAAGAAUCAACCAAACAACCAUGGCUUCUCAGUCUCUUCCUCCCACUGCCAUCACCUCUCUCGUCCUACUUCUCAUCACCCUUAUUCCUUCUGCUCUUUCUCAGAACCCCACCACCUCAGGCUCUACCAUAGCGCAAUGCAGCCUUCGCCUGCUACCUCUGGCUUCAUGUGGAUCCUAUGUCCAGGGUUCAGCCCCAACACCAGUGCAGUCAUGCUGUGACAACCUCAAGCAAGUCUAUAGUCAGCAGCCCAAUUGCCUUUGCCUCCUGCUCAACAGCACAGUCAUGGGCUCUUUCCCCAUUAACAGGACGCUGGCUCUGCAGCUGCCACUUGUUUGCAACCUUCAAGUCAGCAUCUCUCCCUGUUCAGAAGGGAUGACAGUGCCUCCUAGUUCACCCGAUUCACAAGUUUCCCUUGGUGAAGGCACCAAUUCCACUGUUGCCGCUUCUCCCGUGGUUGCAGUGGCACCAAGACCAAGCAUUAUGGGAUUUGGGUUUGGCCGGAGUUCUAGCAUGAGGUUGGAAGUGAAAGGUGACUUAGCUGUAGCAGUCAUUUGGGUGGCCUGUUUGCUGACAUAAGUUCUAUUUUGAGCCUGAUUAUGGCAUAUCAUAGUGUAGGUGCAUUUUCAUUGAUCUCUAAGAUAGUAUAAGAGUCGAACUCUGGACUGAUUAUGCUACGAGUUUUCUACUUUUACUACUUCGAUUUUAGUCAAGUUGUUAUCCUUACAUAGGUUCGAACUAUUAUAUAUAAGUUCCUUUCUGUCUUAUAAUGAAUUA